AUGAAGUCCUUUUCCAGCUCCGUUAUCAAUAAAACCGGCAAGAAGUUUGCGCCGAAGGCGCCCGUCCGCCGUGCGCCCGCUGCCGCACCCGCCAGACGGCCCAGUGCCGUCCAACAAGCUCAGGUUCAGGCGGCGCAAGCUCAAACCCUUCCAUCGGACAAACAAGACGUGCCAGACAAACGUAGCGAUGUAGCCGGGCCUGCGCCGGCUGCCGAGUCUACCGCGACAGAAGCGCCUGCAGUAGCGGAUGCUAAUCAGCAAAAGGUGGACGCAGCCCCAACUGAAUCACUCAUCGCUUCAAGCUCUGCUACCCUUGUUGAAAAAGUUGAUGUGCCGACUGAACCAUCCAUUGCUACCCCGAUUGCCACCCCGAUUGCCACCCCGAUUGCGACUCCGAUCGCAAAAUCGAAUGCUAUUUCGAUCCCCAAACCAAGUACCACCUCAAUCCCCAAACCUGUCGCUCGCUCCAUUCCUUUUCCGAAACGAAAGGCUUCUGUUGUUGAGCCAAGUUCUCAAGAACCAACCGCACCUCCUACCCCUCCUCCUACUCAGCCCCGUCAACCCACCCCAGCCUCAACCUCGACAACUGUAACCCAGCCUGUAUCCACGCGCGAUGAUCCCGAAGAGGCUUUGCUGGAAUACGCCAGGGUUGAAGCAGCCCGAGCCGCAGAGAAUCUUGUGGACACCCAACUUCCUCUCUCAUCCGACCAACCCCAGCACGAAUUCCAAGACAAUGCUGCGCCCACCGAGAUCCGACCCGCCAAGCGCCGAAAGUCAUCUGUAACAACCAUCGCGAAGCCAGGCCGGAAGAAGUCCGUUUCGACGGUUGUCACGGCGUCCUCAUCCCGUCGGGGCUCUCAGUCAGUGUUGCCGACAAUCGAGGAUCCAAAUGGAACAUCCGGCGCAUCUGCAACUUCCUCGACCCCAGAACCGUCGCAAGCGAAGACGAAGAAGAGAAAAUAUUCAAAGGCUGGUAAUUCAGACCCCGAAGGCAGUGAGAAGCCAAAGCGCGCCCGCAAGAAGCGUGAGCCUACACCAGAAGGCGCCGAAACAGUUGAGAUCUUACCCAAUGUGGUAAAGAUGUCUGAACUAUGCAAGGACCUACGAACCGGAAAGAAAUCGAAGCGCGAGACUGAACUACGGAAGAUGGAACAGGCCGAAGAAGAGCGAAAGAAGGCUGGAACACCCACACCUGGGACGCCUGUCAAGCAAAAUGAACCUGAACAAGAUAAUGCGGAACGACCUCUGGAUUGGAAGCCUCAAUCCGGUCCAAUCAUGCGUAUUGUUAAUGGCGAGAUUGUUCUGGACAAUUCCUCCUUGCAGGUAGAUCGUCACGCUGAUGCUGCCCGAGCCGCUGGCGAUCUGGAAGAUGUGGUGGAAAGUAACCUGACACGAAAAGUCAACCAAGCCACCUACGGAAAGCGUUCGAAGACCGAAACCUGGGACGAAGAAAUGACGGAGUUGUUCUACCGUGGCCUGCGUAUGUUCGGCACUGAUUUCAUGGUGAUCAGCAAGUUGUUCCCUGGCCGGUCUCGCCGCCAGAUUAAACUGAAGUUCAACAAUGAAGAGCGUCGCGAUCCACAGCGGAUCAAGGAUACCUUGCUCGGACCGCGCGAGCAAAUCGACAUUGCGACAUAUUCCGAGAUGACGAACACCACUUACGAUGACCCCAAGGUGGUUCAGCAAGAACUUGACGAUGAGAAGAAGCGCAUUGAAGAUCAGCAUGCUAAAGAGAAGCAGUUGCAGGAGGAGAUGCUGCAUAAUCCAACCGGUACCGAUGCCAAAGAUGAGAAAACCGACAAGGUCCCUGCCAAAAAGUCGCGCAAGAAGCAGGCAAAAGACAUGGGUGGAGGAACCGAAGAGGUUCUUGGUACAAUCGAUGAUUUCCCCAUGGCUUGA